AUGUCUUUAAUUCAGACUGAACAAGAAGUGCUAGUUAAUACCAGAGGUGGCGGAGUUUACAUCCCACCUUCUAGAUUAAAACUACUGCAACAAAAGGUUACUGAUAAAUCAAGCUCGGAGUACCAACGAAUUACUUGGGAUGCCCUCAAAAAAAGUAUCAAUGGACUUAUUAACAAAGUUAACACUUCAAACAUCAAAAAUAUCGUUUUUGAAUUGAUAAAUGAAAACUUGAUUCGCGGUAGAGGUCUUUUUGCAAGAUCAAUCAUGAAGGCACAAGCUGCUUCACCACCAUUUACACCUGUUUAUGCCGCAUUAAUUGCUAUAAUCAACACUAAACUACCGCAAGUUGGUGAAUUGGUACUUACUAGGUUGAUUGUUCAAUUCCGUAAAGCAUAUAGAAGAAAUGAUAAAACAACUUGUCUUGCCACAACAACUUUUAUUGCUCAUUUAUGCAAUCAUCUUGUAGCUCAUGAAAUUGUUGCGCUACAAAUUCUUGUGCUUUUACUCGAAAAUCCGACAAGUGAUUCUGUUGAAGUCGCCGUAGGGUUUAUUCGAGAAUGUGGUGCUCAUUUGGCUGAAGUGUCUCCAAAGGCAAAUAAUGAUGUUUUUGAUCGUUUUAGGGCAAUUUUACAUGAAGCAAAUGUUGAAAAGAGAGUUCAAUAUAUGAUUGAAGUCUUAUUUCAAGUAAGAAAGGAUAAAUAUAAAGAUAAUCCUCCAGUAGCUCCCGAAUUGGAUUUAGUCAAAGAUGAUGAUCAAAUAACUCAUCAUUUAUCCUUGGAUGAUGAAUUGGAUGUCGAGGAAACUCUUGGUAUUUUCAACUAUGAUCCCGAUUAUUUAGCAAAUGAAGAGAAAUACAAAGAAAUCAAGGCUCAAAUUUUGGUUGCAAAAAAAAUGGAAAUUCGCGACCAAACAAAUACAAAUUUGAUUAAUUUACGCAGAACAAUAUAUUUAACUAUCAAGUCGAGUGUUGAUUUUGAAGAGUGUUGUCAUAAACUCAUGAAACUUAGUAUUCAAGAAGGACAGGAAAUGGAACUCUGCAACAUGAUUAUCGAAUGUUGUUCUCAAGAGCGUACUUAUGAAAAAUUUUUUGGUCUAAUUGGAGAACGUCUCGCAAAGAUAAAUAUAGUGUGGGCCAAGGCUUUUGAACAAUGUUUUGUCCAGUAUUAUGAGACAAUUCAUCGUUAUGAAACAAAUAGGUUACGAAAUAUUUCAAAGUUUUUCGGUCACCUUUUGGCUUCCGACGCUUUGUCCUGGCAAGUGUUUAACGUUAUCAAAUUAACUGAAGACGAUACCACAUCAAGUUCUCGAAUCUUUGUAAAAAUAUUAUUUGAAGAACUGAGUGGUACUCUAGGUUUACAAAAACUUAAAGAAAGAUUAAAAGAUAACACGAUGCAAGAAUAUUUUACUGGUCUAUUUCCAAAGGACAAUCCACGAAAUACUCGUUUCGCGAUUAAUUAUUUCACUAGUAUUGGUUUGGGUUUAUUAACUGACGAGUUAAGAGAACAUUUGCAGAACGCACAGAAAUUGCUUAUGGCGCAGAAACAUGCUCUACAAAGUAGUAGCUCUUCAGAUUCUUCGUCAGAUUCAUCUUCAAGUUCAUCUGGUUCAUCAUCAGAUUCUUCGUCAGAUUCUUCUUCAUCGAAGGUUAUGGACAAUGGUUUCUUUGAUUGA